AUGAAGUUCGCAACAGCUACUGCGCUAUGCGCGCUCCUGGUCCCUUUCACCGAGGCUGGGAAGGAUCGCAGACCGACAGUCACAUCUUCCAGGCUUCAGAAGCAAAUUACUGAAAAAGGCCUGAUGAAGAACUUGCAGAAGCUCAAUGACAUCGCAUAUGCCAAUGGCGGUAACCGCGCAUUCGGCCUUCCGGGAUAUGCCGCCUCAGUCGACUUCAUCUACCGCGAAGUGUCUAAACUCAACGGCUUUACUGCCUGGAAGGAAGACUUCCCUGCACUAUUUACUCAGACUACCGCGGCCGAGGUCUCAGUCGACGGAGAAGUGUUCCGCACUGUCGCGCUGACCUAUACCCCCAGCACACCUGAGGAGGGUAUUACUCGGGAGCUUGUCCACGGCCCCAUCGGAACUGCUGGAUGCUCUGUCGACAACUACGAGGGAAUUGAUGUCAAGGACAAGAUUGUUCUGGUUGAGCGCGGCCCAUGUCCCGAUGGAACGACCUUCGCCGGAAAGCUGAAGCCGGCUGCUGCGGCUGGUGCCAUCGCCGUUGUCAUUUACAACUCGGACUCUGCAAAAUUGACGGCUGGUUCACUUUCUGCUCCUAACCCGGCAUAUGUCCCCGCAGGGCUCAUUGACCAGGAGCCUGGCCAGGCCUUGAAGGCGCGGCUCGACGCCGGCGAAACGGUGGAAGUUUUCGUCAAGAUUGUUCAAAUAAUUGAAGAGCGCAUCACCCAGAACGUUUUCGCAGAGACCACAGGAGGCGAUGGCAGCAAUCUUAUUAUGCUCGGAUCUCACCUUGAUUCCGUCCAGGCGGGCCCUGGUAUCAACGACGAUGGGUCGGGCACAAGCCUCAACCUCGAGCUGGCCAAGGCUCUACACAACUACUCGACUAAGCUCAAGGUCCGCUUCGCCUGGUGGGGAGCUGAGGAGAACGGGCUUUGGGGGUCAAAAGCUUUUGUCAACAACUUGAGCACUGAGGAGAUUGACAAUCUUCUCCUGUACCUCAACUUUGACAUGGUUUCGCGAGGCUACUAUGGCGUUUUUGACGGCACAGGAGAGACGAUUGGCCCCGGCGGUCCUCCUGGAUCCGAAGUGAUUGAAGAUCUCUUUGUCGAGUACUUUACAUCCAAGGGUAUCGCGACCAGAUCUGUUGGCCUCACCGGUGGCUCCGACUAUUUGCCCUUCAUGACCACCAUCAGCAAGGCUGUAGGCGGACUUCACACGGGUACUGGACUUGAGCAGGACGCCUGCUACCACCAAGCAUGCGACAAUAUCACGAACCCCGUUCCAGAGACCAUUACCACCAAUGCUAAGGCGGCUGCUCAUGUACUGAGCAUCCUGGCGGUGGAUGGCGUCAAGUUGAUCCCAAAGACGCUUGCCAACUCCACCACGGCAGGUGUGAAGAGAGUGCGAGAUCCUGUUACGCUGCAUGAGCAUGAUGUGAGGUCGGUUGGGUUUGACAAGGCAUGCGAGCACGAUGUUAUUUAGUGCACCGAUGUGUGUAGCUGGAUGUGAAUUGCGGGUGAUCAGGCGGGGCUCAUCCCGCGUUACAACGACUUGUCUGAGUGCAUGCAAAAUAGAAG